AUGUUUGGAAUUGAAGAUCGAGAGAAAUAUGGAAGAAACAUACCAGAAAGAUACUAUGGAAUAUCAGACGGAUGUUUUAGUGGAAGUAAUGAUUUACAGGAAAUCAAUAUACCAACACAUAUUGAAAUGAUAGGAAAUGAAUGUUUUAAAGAAUGUACAAGAUUAAGUAUAAUAUUUAUUCCAACAAGUGUUAGUGAAAUAGGAAAUGGAUGUUUUUGUGAAUGUAAAUCACUAACAUCAGUUAAUAUACCAACUAGUGUUAGUAAAAUAGGAGACUAUUGUUUUAAAUAUUGUACAUCACUAGAAUCAAUUGAAAUACCAACAAGUGUAAAUGAAAUAGGAAAAGGAUGUUUUAAUAGAUGUUAUUCAUUAAGAAGUAUUGAAAUACCAACAAGUGUUAGUAAAAUAGGAAAUUGUUGUUUUUAUGAAUGUUCAACAAUAAGAACAAUUAAAAUACCAUCAACAAUUACAUCAUUUGGAAAAGGAUGUUUUUAUGGAUGUGGAUGUGAAGAAUUACUCAAGAAGAAUGCAAGAAUACCAGAAUAUUGCUUUGAAGAAUAA